AUGGACUGGAAUGACUUUAAAGUGUCAUCUUCAGUUCAUUUGAGUAAUAACAGCUCUGUGAUAAACCUGUUCAAGUUAUCCCGAGAUCACUAUUCCACUGAUACUUCUUUACAGGAUGGUCAACCAGGAUUAUCAGAAUCAGAUUUAAAAUCUAGUUUUAACUAUGAUAAAUUAUUUGAAAAUGAGUUUUUCGACUCCUCCUUCGUGAACUUUCACAAGGACCUACAGCUCUGGGACAGGGAUAAACUCACUGUAAUUGACAUUAUCACUAAAAGACUCAGAUCCACUUUACACUCAAACAUUUCCAAAACUUCUGAUCCACAUUUAUCAAAUAAAGUUACUAAAUCCCUUGAUAAAUCUAUAAAUCAAACUGAUAAUUUACCAUUAUCAGGAGAUAGAUUAGGGUUACCCGGAGACCGACUAGGGUUGCCCGGGAACAAAGUGGAAUAUGAAGUAGAAUUGGGAUUAGAAAAUGAAUUAUUAAUAAGCUGGUUAGAUAAGUAUGGAAAUGAUAUACCAAACGUGGGCCAUGAGGGAUAUAAUAUAUUUGUAGAAAAUGCAGUAAAAUUGUUGAAAAAAGUAAAUUUGAACCCAGUAAACUUCAUUAAUUUCAUGUUAAAUAUUGCGAAAUUAGCCGCGGGGAAGCCGCAAAACUUCAUGUACAAGUAUCUAAGACUGUCACUAUCACAGCUUGAAAAACAAGCGUUCAACAAUUUACACUAUUAUAUUCUUAAUACGAAGAAUAUAUUCAUCAAUGAAUUAAUAUUAAAUACACAAAUGUCACCACUUGAUACUCUUAAACUCGUUAUUAAUACAUCCAACACUAUUUUUCCCAGUGUUAGUUUGAAUACACUGGAUGGAGUUAACUCUAAAUCAACAGAUUAUUACUUCUUCAUAUUAUAUUUAUUAUUCAGAUCGGGAUCUAAUUCAUCCCUAAACUUACUAUUGUCAUAUAUUAACAAGGAACCAUAUCUAGGGAGUAGUAGAACACAUAUGGGUAGUGCUAGAGGAAUGUAUAUGAGUAAUAUUGGAGAUGAGGAAUUGGAUAUUAAUUUAAAUGAGUUGCCACCAUUAUUUAAGGAAUUGGCACAAACACUAUCCAACAUUUUAGCGGAAAAGUUUGAUAAUGUCAACUCACUGUUACCACAAUUCCUCAACAAUUAUCCUCAAUCCAAUAUUAACACCAGUAGAGUUAAUAGUGUGAGUGUGAAUGGAGGAUUGGAUAUAUUAUUGAGUAUAGUGUAUCCAGAGAAUUAUAUGGAAUGUGAUAUGAGUUUAAUGACACGAGAGGAUUAUCUAUGUUCCGGUAGUUUAACGUAUAGUUCUAGCACUUUAAUGUCAAAAUCAUAUGAAUUGUGCAAAUCGUUAACUCAAGAAACUUGUAACAUUGAUGCUACAGAGAAGGAUUUGGUGGAUAGAAUAGUGUCUUACGCUUAUUCAAUAGCGUUGGCUGGUGGUGUUAUGGAAUCGUUAAGACUUCUUAUGUCAGCUGUAAAAUUACCCCAAGUACAAGCAAUUGGUAUUUACUUCACAGUUCUGUCCGAAAAUUCAGGACUAUUUGAGUUUGAGGAGGUCAAUUUCGUGUCAUACUCACUCUGGAAUUUUGUAGACCAGAAUAACAAACUGAUCCAAUCACACACUUCAGAUGAAUUGUCAUAUUUACUAUUACUGGCAUUUAAUCGUAAUCGAAACGUCUCACCAGAACUCAAAAUCCUACUAUCCACAUUGUUACCGAUGAAUAAGAAUGUAAUGGGAGUGAAAUAUUGUGUAUCGGAGAACUUUAAUGAUGCAGUGAGUCCAAGUUAUUUGGGGAGUUCAGUGACCAAGGAUGGGAUGUUAUUGGUAGGGCCGCUUUUACAGAAGCUGAUUAAGCUUUCUGGUAGAAGAAGCUCAGCAAAAUACGCUAUACUUCUACUAGCACAGUACUGUGCUUAUGUCGGGCUGUGGGCCUCAGCAUUCAAGUGUUUUUAUUGUAUCCAAGAUGCAGACAAUUGUGCAGCUGUAUUGGAAGCAUGUUGUUGUUACUUGUAUGAUAAAGAUGAUAAUACCAAGACGUUCAGUAUUGAUGAUUUACUCGUCUAUUAUACACUAACAAAGAAUUUAUCACCGAAUAAUAAGCAUGUGUUGGAAUUGAGAAAGACGUUUAGUUGUAUAGAAUUGUGUGUGUUGGUAAAGAAUAACAAGUAUUUCGAGGCAGUUUCAUAUUGUAGGAAACAUAAAGUUUUUGAUAACACGUUAUCAAUUCUGAGGAAUGAAUCUCAUCAAAUCUACUUCAACGCACUCUUCAGUUACAUUAAAGCACUCAAAUUACUCAUCUCUACUGGAUCUCAACCAAUGGAAUUGAUGAGUACAAGUGAGGCAAGUAAUUUAUUAGAUUUGUUGGAAGCAGCCUAUCAGAAUACAAAUACUGAUCAAAAAUUAACAGUAGAAGCUCUACAUACGUUAUUAACAUUCAUCUCAAUUAAUCCUCCCAAAUAA